UGUGGAGUAACAGUUAACGUUAGCUUGUAUCUGCGCUGGUUGAACACAGCUGGGGCUGAAGAGGCGACGAGCAGCGGCUCUCAGUGUUUGGAACUUUUGGUUCACCGGGGUUCCUUUCAGCUAAAUGUCAGGAGAUGAGUUCGUAGAAAAGAGGUGACUGUUCUGCAGUGAACAUGGGUCAGAUAGAAGAAGCCAACGUGUCCUACGGUGAUGUCCUCACCUACCACAGAGAAGUGCUGGUGUCCAGGCUGAGGAGCAUUCAGUGCAUCCUGGACAACCUGUCGGCCUGUGGCUUCGUCUGUGAGGAAGAUGUUGAGAUCGUGCAGCAGACAGCCACCAAGACAGAUCAGGUGCGCAAAAUCUUGGACCUGGUCCAGUGCAAAGGGGAGGAGGCCUGUGAAUACUUUAUUUACAUCACAUAUAAAGUAUGUGAUGCAUACAUAGACCUCCAGCCAUGGCUGAAAGAGAUCAACUACAACCCAAGCAAUGCCGUAGCAGUGAUGGAAGUGGUCAACACAGAUCCCAUCAGCAGGUAUAGUGAGAAGUUGAGGCACGAGAUGAGCCGGGACACCUGCUUCAUCAUGUCGUACGGCCAGAGAGAGGAGACCCGUCUGGAGGAGCUAUACACUGACACACUGAUGGAACUGUUGAACGACUGCAAUGAAAGUCUGGGCUUCUUGGAGAGUCUGGACCAGCUCCUAGGAGACAACGCGGUCUUCAACCCUGAAGGUGAAACCAUCUUUGUGAUGGGGGAUGCAGGUGUGGGAAAAUCCAUCCUACUGCAGAAACUCCAGAACCUCUGGUCCAAGAAAGGGCUGCAGACAGACGCCAUCUUCUUCUUCAAGUUCCGCUGUAGGAUGUUCAGAAUCUUCAAGGACACAGAACAGAUCUCCCUCAGAGACCUUUUGUUCAAGUACAGCUGCUACCCAGAUCACGAUCCUGAUAACGAGGUGUUUGAUUACAUCCUGCGCUUCCCUGAGAAGGUUGUUUUUACAUUUGAUGGCUACGAUGAGAUCCAGGAGGAUCUAGACAUGAUCAAUGUACCUGAAGUGGUCUCACCAGAAGACAAGACACAUCCCCUCCAGCUGCUCAUCAGCUUGCUAUGUGGGAAACUACUCAAGGGCUCCCAAAAGGUGCUGACGGCCCGGACAGGGGUGGAGCUCCAGAGUAGGGUGAUCAGAAAGAAGGUGGCUCUGCGGGGGUUCUCCCCUGCUCAUCUGAAGACCUACAUCAAUCUGCACUUUAAGGAGCAGGAGCACCGAGAGCUGGUGUCAGUUCAGCUGGAUGCCAGCCCCCACCUCUGCGGUCUGUGCUCCACCCCUCUGUUCUGCUGGAUCGUAUUCAAGAGUUUUAGGCACCUGCACACCAUGCAUGAUAGUUUUUAUCUACCUGAAACCUGCAUCACACUCACCGACAUCUUCCUCCUGCUGUCCGAGGUGUUCCUCAGCCGCUCAGCCUCACCUGCACCAUCCCUGCUGAAGAAGAGCACUCGGUGUGCUUCGGAGACAUUCAAACGGGGGCUCAGGCCUCUCGCGGCAUUUGCCAAACUAGCACUCCAGGGUAUGGAGAGAGGAAGCUUCAUUUGCAGCCAGGAAGAGAUCACUGAGUGUGGGCUGACGGAGGAGGACCUGACUCUGGGCUUUCUUCGACCCACCAAUGAGUAUGAUACCAGUGGAAGCCCUGCUACAUUUGAAUUCCUCCACAUCACCCUCCAGUCUUUCCUGGCAGCAUUCGCUCUUGUGUUGGAUCAGCAGGACGCCGCCAACUCCAUCCUCAAGUUCUUCACAGAGUGCAGCAGGAAAAGACAACCGUCCUGUCUGCCUUUUGACUUCUGUAUCAAUGGCUCCUCAAAGCCCAGUGAAAAGAAGCCAUUUGACACUAAUGAACACCUUCAGUUCACUAAUCUGUUCUUGAGUGGACUGCUGUCCAAGGCUCACACCAGCCUGAUGGAGCAUAUGGUAUCUCCUGUCUUAUUAAAGAAAAAACGGGCCUUGCUAAAAUCCUACCUUUCCACCAGUGUGAAGUCCCACCUCCAUGGGUUACCCAGCUACAAUGGUGAGGAGGGCAAGAAAGUCCACGUUUUACCCAACUUCCUGUGGAUGCUGAGGUGCAUCUUUGAGACAGGGAGCAAAGACAUCGCUCAGAUGACGGCAAAAGGCAUCACUGCUGGAUUAAUCAAGCUGGGUUACUGUAACGUGUUCUCAGGUGACUGCACUGCCCUGAACUUUGUACUGCAGCACCGUCAGAAGCUCCUGGGGCUUGACAUGGACAACAACAACAUCAGUGACUAUGGGGUGAAGCAGCUGAAGCCCUCCUUUUGUAAGAUGACAGUAGUGAGAUUGUGCGUAAAUCAGCUGUCUGACAGCAGCAUUGAGGUUCUUGCAGAGGAGCUGUGUAAGCACAAAAUUGUGAAGGUCUUGGGGCUUUACAACAAUCACAUCACAGAUGUUGGAGCCAAGCUAGUUGCUCAGAUAAUCGAGGAAUGCCCAAAGCUGCGGGUUGUCAAAAUUGGUAAAAACAAGAUCUCUGCUGUUGGUGGGAAGUAUUUGGCCAGCGCAAUUCAGAAGAGCACUUCUAUAUUUGAUGUGGGAAUGUGGGGGAACAGUAUCGGCGAUGAGGGAGCAGAAGCAUUUGCAGAAGCUUUGAGGCACCACCCGAGUCUUACCAACCUCAGUCUCUCAGCCAAUGUGAUCACAUCCAAAGGUGGGAAGUGCCUGGCAGAAGCCCUGAAAGAGAACAGCGUCCUCAGGAUAUUCUGGUUAGUGCAGAAUGAGAUGACUGAUGAUGCAGCUCCACACUUGGCUGAGUUGGUCCGAGCAAACACAGGUUUAAGCCACCUCUGGUUAAUCAGCAACCAGUUCACUGUGGACGGGAUCAAACACCUCGCUGAGGCCCUCGCUCACAACACAGCACUCAAAGAGAUAUGUGUGAAAGGAAACCAGCUCUCUGAAGAGGAACAGAAAGAGUUUGUGGCAGAGAACAGGCUGCGGUUCCACUGACUGGGCACUCGUGUGUAAUGUGCGUGUUGGGUAUAAAAUAUGUAUUGCAUAUUCACUGUGUGUGAAACUGUUGUGCUUUAAUGGAAAUACUGUACAGCCAUUGUGUCAUGUGUGUCAUGUUUCAUGUAGGGGAUGUUUACCUGAAACUUUGACAAAUGUUUGGCAGUUUUACAGAAAAGAGGAAGUGGAAGCACAGAUGAACAGGAAGAAAACAAAUUGAUGACUUCCUUCUUCAUGAACCUUAGUAUAGACUGUAUGUUCAUAUUUUGUAUGAAUGUGUAAUAACUAUUUAUUAUUUGACUCUUACACAUGGUGUUGUGGUGUUGUAAACAUUCUAACAGGGUUAUACUCUGUUAGAAUGUUUACUGUUUGCAAUUGGAUCCCAUUAAGGGUAAAAAGACUGAUGACACUUACUGUACAUGAACAAACAUGGAGCUUAGUUCAACAAGAAAGACUUCCAUAUUCAUUACUCCUCAUUUUGCUCCUCAUCUGUCCCUCUAUACACCAUUUUCACAGCUCAAAUUUGAACUUGUCAAAGCAAGAAACUCAUAAAACCAAUGAUGGCUCUGUUCCAGUGUCCCAGCAGCCUGUAGUAUGACUGUGAGUCAGCAUGGACAAUAGCAGUGGCAUUUCUAAACUAUGAAAAAGGCCUAUUAUUCUUCCUCAAUGAACUAUGUAGGGAACUUCUCCCUGGUUAAUGUGAUCCACAGCUGACAUUCCUCACACAGGAGAAAAUCACUGAUCAUCUACGUUUUAAAGGGGCACUCAAGCUAUUUAUUAAUAUACUUGCAUAAAGCAAGGGAGAGGCCGACUACAUAAAUGUUAAAAGUAGUCGAGUAGCUGAGUAAUUGGGGUGUCAGAAAAUAUUGAAUCAAUAUUUUGCUUUGUGAUGUUGUAUCAAUUCUCAAAAACAAUACUGAACCACUAGAUAGCAAUGUUACAAACAUAAACCAAAGGCUAUAUUGGCAAUAUUUUGAAUUGUAGUGUAACCGCUGCAUUGUGAUACACACAGCCCUACUGAGUUAUACUACAAACAAGUAAACUGACUUUUACAUGAACAAUCCUUAAGUGCCCCUUUAAUCACCUAUCUGCUGUGGAUAACUGGACCACCACAAUCAUCAGUCUAGAUGAACAAACUACCCUUUGUUGACAGAACUUUCACUAUGCUCCAUGUUUGACAGAUUUGCAUUGGAAAAAGAAGUAGAAUAGGACACUCUUCAGACUGAUUAGACGGCAGAAUUUUUACUUAAAAAUUUGGAUUAGCUUCAAACACAAUAACAAAAAAUGCAAUAAGUACAAGAGAAUGAUUGGUAUUCAAAGAUUUUCACUCUUAAUUUGUUUUUUACACAGUUUUACAGAAAAGGAAUAUUUGUUAGGAUUUUCUGUCAGUUACAUAUUGAACAACACAUUCUCUGUUACAGUUCAUUAGCUAAUGUCUGUUGGGGCUCAGAACUGGCAAGAAAUAAAUUAUGAAAAUGCUAAAAAGUGCUUGACUGAUUCUAUAGUAGCUCAUAAGGCUUAUCAGGACUGUAUCCUCAGUGGCUCUGACUCCCAGUACAAUUCAGAGUCUGGACAUGCAACUGUUUGUCCGUCCCCACACUGAGCCAAUACUCCUCUGCGUUCCUUUCAGGUCACGUUAUACAGGGGAUUUCUCACUGAAUGUGCAAAUAGGGGAAGCCGCAACCGGCUGUGAUGCAAGUUGCAAAAUACAAUUCACAGGUUCGUUACAGUACAGAACUGAACCUUUUUCUAAAAUUCCAUUCCUCUGGUUAUAGUUUGACACUGGCC